AUGUUGAUCGUUGAAACACACAAAGAUGUCCCGACCAAGUCUGGCGGCGACAUGCGAAUCUUCCUUUUCACGCCUACCGUCUCCGGCUAUCCUAAAGCCAAGUUUCCCGGCGUGGUUGUCUUUAGUGAGAUCUAUCAAGUAACCGGCCCUGUGGAACGCUUCGCCCGCCAAAUCGCCGGCCACGGCUACGUCGUCGCCGCUCCGUCCAGCUACCACGAGUUCACGGGCCCGGAAGCACUCGCCUACGACGGACCAGGCACAGACAAAGGCAACGCCUGGAAGGUCGAGAAGAAACUCUCCGCCUACGACGAAGACGCUACCCUCUCCGUCGACUGCCUGAUGGGACUCGAGAACUGCAACGGCCGGAUCGGGGCGACGGGAAUGUGCUUGGGAGGGCAUUUGGCGUUUCGCUGUGCGUUCGACAAGCGUAUCAGGGCUGCUGUAUGUUACUUUGCCACCGACAUCCAUUCGCGUUCGUUGGGAGAGGGGAAGAAGGACGAUAGUCUUGAGAGGGUCAAGGAUAUCAGGGGGGAGCUGAUUAUGAUCUUCGGCAAACGCGACACUCACGUCCCACCCGAAGGCCGCGAUCUCAUCCGCAAGACUCUGCACGACGCCGGAGUGACGUUCAGUUUCUACGAAGUGGCGUGGGCGCAGCACGCGUUUAUUCGGGAUGAGCUGUCGAAAGGACGCUACGAUCCUGCGAUUGCGGGGAUAUGCUUUCAGAUGCUGCUGGAGUUGUUUGGACGGACGUUGAGUGGCGACCUGGGACCGAAGGAGGGUGGGGAUGGGGAGGUGGAGGAUGUGUGCUGA